AUGUAUGUAGGUUUUCACGUGAAUCUGUCGCAAAACAUUGCCUUGCGAUUCUUGGACGUCCGCCUGUACCGCAUCGAACACGGCUACAACCAGCCUCAGCACACGAUUUGGACCAAAGCAAUGGACGAAUUACACAGCAUCCUCUCCACUAUCCGAAGCCGUCAGCUCGAGCACAUCCAGUUCCAUGCUUGGGUUGGCUACGACGCUGUACGUCACGACUCUGAGUCUGAGCAACCCAGCGUCGUCCUCAAGGAGCUCGACCUGCGGGACCUGCAUGGGGUCAUGAGCCGGCCAAACUUCGAUACAUUGAAGCAUGUCGGGGUGAAGAUGUACAGGUUGCGUUACCCCUAUACAUUCGUGGAUGCAGCCGGCCUUCGUGAGAUGCUCGAGCUCAUGGUCCGUGGCAUAUUACAGCCAUGGUCUGCCAGUGGCAUACUCAACGUUACCUGCUACUAA